CUCCUACUUGAUGACAGAAGAUAUUUCAUGAAUUUGCUCAAGGCAAAUUGGAUCUUGAAGGGCUUCAGGUAGCAUUUCACCUGAAUUAUCAUGCAGAGCUCCACACGUUGUAACACACCUCUCACGCAUGCGAGUCGUUGCCAAAAGAACCUCUUGUACUUCAUAUCAGAUAAAACAGAACCGAGCUGGUUCAGCUGGAGUGCUUGCCAACAGCGGAGAAGGGCGGUAGGACGGCUCCUGUGUGCUCCCUCCUGGAAGCUCAGAAAGCCAAGAGGACACUGACGCACAGAGCCCAGCAACACAACUCGCUGCUGGUGUCUCCUGUGUGUGUGGGGUGCGGUCGGGGGCCUUCAGAAACCACAAUGGCCGUGGAUGGCUGUGGCCACUGAUGAAUAUUCAGGAGGAAGAGACAGGGAAGCAAGACCUUGCCUAUACUCAAAGGUGUGAUAUUUUUUGUUGGCAGACUUGACUUUUACUCCCUCCAUCUCUGUGCAGAAAGAAAAGUUGUGGACGCCCCUCCCCUCUGCCUUUUUUGGUGCACCCCCUCUUGCCUCCUACCUCCCAUCUUCCAGCUCAGCCCCCAACAGAGCAGAAAGCGUGAAAAAUCUCACUAAUGGGUUUAUUUGCUGUCAGAUGGGGGCCACGUGUCAUUCCCUCGGUGCAUUCUGCUUGAAACAUUUCAUAGUUGAGUAACCAGGAGGGCGAAGAGGGGCGAGGGUGGUGGUGUGGGGGGGCUCAGCUGCAGUUAGUGACUGUCUCUCGGAGUUGCUGCAUUCUUCUCGGCUCGGUGGCUCGUGAGCAUCCUCCCAACAGAGAGUCCUGUCAGGAACCCGUGCGUACGAGUCUGGAGAUGCGGUGUGGGUACGCUCCGCUGGCUGUGGCGCUGGCGGCGUUGUGGACGUACUGUGUUCUGGAUGCAGUGGAAGCCAAGAAGGAGAGGAGGAGGCCGAAAGAGAGUUCGCCACAACACACCGAGACCUACAACGCGACUCUGUCAAACAGUGAAGAAGAGUCCGGAAUCCUGAAGGUUUCCGACCAGCAGAGAGUGGAUCCACUGGGAUCAUGGAUGGACUUUGUCAAAAGACCUGUUGGCAACUUCCCGGCCAAAUGUCGCAAAAGGAAAAGACCUCUGCCGGGUCCAGCUGGUCCCCCGGGUCCUCCAGGCCCACAAGGCCCACCCGGCUCACCUGGAGCUGAGGUGACACAGGAAGUUCUUCUGCAGGAGUUCAAAGAGAUGAUCAAAGAGGCCACAGAGAGGCGGACCGCGGCCCUAGAAAGACAGUCCGUAUCCAGCCAGCCGCCCGUUACUCUCCUCACGCUGCAGGAGGACAUGACCCCCUGCCGGCGGAUCCAGGAGGCCUUCCAAUGCAAGCUCAAAGGACCCGUGGUGGUCGACAAGAAGACUCUGAUGGAGCUCCAGAACUUCCAAACCCCGCCGGCUAAGGGAGCCUUCCUCAGAGGGUCUGGCAUGGACAAGUCCACCGGGAGAUUCACGGCCCCCGUCUCAGGGAUCUACCAGUUCUCUGCCAAUGUCCACAUUGAUCACAGCGAGGUGAAGAGAAGCAAGAGCCAACUCAAGGCCAGAGACAACAUUCGAGUUCUCAUCUGCAUCGAGUCGCUGUGCCACAGAUACACGUCGUUGGAGAUGAUUGUGGGCUUGGAGAGCAACAGCCGGACCUUCAGCGUGAGCGUUCAAGGACUCCUGGAGCUCCAGGCCGGCCAGUACACGUCCAUCUUUGUGGACAACGCCGCCAGCGCCGCCGUGACCAUCCAGAACGGCUCCGACUUUAUGGGCGUGCUCCUGGGCGUGUAGCGCGACGCUGCGGCCGCCGUUGCCGCCACGCCACCACAUGAACUGCUGUGCCGAGCGCGGCCACGCGAGUUCAAAUUGAAGGGGGCGGAGCUUAAGCCAGUUUAUUUUGGACAAACUCUGAGCGACCAAACGAGACGUGAUUGUCACUCUUGUACUCCACGUAGAACGUAGAAGCAUGUACAGUACGUAUGAUUCAUACUGUGUACAUUUCUUUACGCUGUUGUCAUGGCAACAUGCUCCAAAGUCCAACAUUUGCUGUACAUUAAUAUCCCUACUCUAUACACCCUUGUAAAUGAUCAUCAUUUGUUAGCACUGGACUUUGUUGUGAUAUUUAUGUAUGAACCUUGCAGUGUGUAUGCUAUUCCACCAAA